UUAUAUCGUAUAUUGUAACUCGCAGAAAAGCAUUCACGAAGUUGAAAGUGUUUGUAGUGAUUUUUGAGGAGUAAGAACCCUGUUACCAUUUGUUGAAUUUGCGGAAAAAAUUCAACCCUACAUACACAACCCAACAAUUACUUCAAGAUGAUGAAUUCUGGUUUUAAUUACUCCAUUCAAAGCACAGCUGGAGCUGUUCCAGUAAGAAACGAAAAAGGCGAAAGUUCCAUGCUGAAAGUCAAAGUUCAUCGGUACAUUUCUGGUAAAAAACCUGAUUAUGCUCAUUACAACAUCGAAAGUGAUGAGGACGACUUUGUGGGACGGAUGAAACACGCAUCACGUCCAUCACUAGAGCCGCCUAAAAGAGAUGAUAACCACGAAGAUUUUACCGAUCGACGUUUAAGAAGAUUGAAAAUCGCUGAAGUUAACACAAAGGUACGCUGUGCCAAAAGGAGACAUAUUGUGGAAGGCGAAGUACUAGAUGCGUCGGAAGAUGAAGAAGGUGACAAAAUACAUUUGCCGGGGAAAAAACAUACUCUGGAAGCUUCGCCAGACGCUGAUGAAUCAGAAGCCGAACUGAGCGACAGUGAAAUUGAAAAGAAGAGAGAAAUGAUGAAGCAGAGGAUGCUGAACAAACAAGAGGAAGAGUUUAUGGCUGAAGAAGAAGACAAAGAUGAAUCAGAUUCUUCAGAAUCUGAGGAAUAUACAGACUCUGAGGAAGAGACGAGGCCAAGGCUGAAACCUGUGUUCAUCAGAAAAAAAGACAGGAUUACUACCAUUGAAAAGGAACAUGAGCUUGAGAAAAAACGAGAGGAGGAAUUUCAGCGAAAGGCUGCAGAGAGGAGAAAAGAAACUUUACGCCUAGUGGAAGAAACCAUUCGUAAGGAACAGCAGUUCCGAAAUAAGGAAACAAAUGAACCAGAUUUAAAUGACGUUUGCACAGAUGACGAGAACGACGAGGUGGUAUAUGAAGCAUGGAAGUUACGAGAGUUGAAACGAGUGAAAAGGGAUCGGGAAGAAAAGGAGGAACGAGAAAGAGAGAAAAUGGAAAUAGAAAAAUUGAGGACCAUGUCUGAAGAGGAGCGACGUAUUCAGCUUCGACUCAUGCCCAAAACCGUUACAAACAAGGCAGCCAAGGGCAAAUAUAAGUAUUUGCAGAAAUAUUACCACAGAGGAGCGUUUUACUUGGAUAAGGAGGACGAAGUCUACAAGAGGGACUUAGCACAAGCCACACUCGAGGAUCAUUUUGAUAAGACCAUUCUUCCUAAAGUUAUGCAGGUUAAGAACUUUGGAAGAUCAGGACGAACAAAGUACACUCAUUUAGUGGAUCAAGACACUACACAGUUCGACUCUCCUUGGUCAACUGAGACCGCCCAGAACCAGAAAUUCCAUUCUCAGCAAGCUGGUGGCGUGAAACCUGUCUUUGAGAAACCGUCAUGGAAAAAAAGAAAAUUGCAGUGA